UGCCACAGCAAUGUCUCUGUCAGGAGGAGGAGGAGGCUCUGGCUGACCAGCAGAUCUGGAACCAGGAGAGGAACUCCAGUCUGGACCAAGAGGACCCAGAGCCUUCACAGGUUACAGAGGAACAGGAGGAGCUCUGCAACAGUCAGGAGGGAGAGCAGCUUGGACUGAAGCAGGGGACUGAUCCCUUUAUGUUGACUCCUACUUAUGAGGAAAGUGACCACAGUGAAGCAGAACCAUCCAGUGACCAGCAGCUACUCUCUCCCAGCUCUGCUGUAGUUGAGAGCCAGGAUCAGGAAGGAAGCCAACAUGGAGACUCAGGAUCAGCUAGUAAUGCAGAGCCAAAGCCAAAGAGGAGACGUCACAAAGACACAAGUCACAGUAGCAAUGUGGACAACUCUCCCCUGUCAGAGACUGACUGUGAUCCUCCCACAGAUAGAAAGUCUUUGCAGUGUGACACUUGUGGGAAAACGUUUAAGUACAAGUCCUAUUUGAAAGAACAUCUGAGAAGCCACUCAGGUGAGAGGCCUUAUUGUUGUGAAAUCUGUGGUAAAGGCUUCACAGACUUAAAAACCCAUAAAGAACAUAUGAGAACCCACACAGGAGAAAAACCAUAUUCUUGUAAAACAUGUGGAAAAAGCUUCACACGACAUAAUGCCCUUGUGGUCCAUAUGAGAAGCCACACAGGUGAGAACCCGUAUGUUUGUAAAGUCUGUGGGAAAGGAUUUAAGCAGUCACCAGCACUGAAUUAUCAUUUAAAAACCCACACAGGUGAGAAGCCACAUUCUUGUGAAAAAUGUGGAAAAGGUUUCAUAUAUAGCAGUUCCUUGUCUGCCCAUAUGAAAAUCCACACAGGCGAGAGGCCAUAUGCUUGUAACACCUGUGGGAAAAGCUUCCAGCGGUCCUCGCAAUUGAAAGUUCAUUUAAGUACUCACACAGAUGAGAGGCCAUAUGUUUGCAACACCUGUGGGAUAACCUUCCAGCACUCCUCACAAUUGAAAGUUCAUUUAAGUACCCACACAGGUGAGAAGCCGCAUUCUUGUAAAACGUGUGGAGAAAGCUUCCAGCAACGUAAAAUCUUUGUGGAACAUAUGAGAAUCCACACAGGUGAGAAGUCUUAUUGUUGUGAAACAUGCGGAAAAUGUUUCACACGUCACAGUUCCUGGUGGGUGCAUAUGAAGAGCCACACGGGUGAGAGGCCGUAUGUUUGUAACACAUGCGGGAAAAGAUUCCAGCGGUCAUCACAACUUAAAGUUCAUUUAAGAACCCACACAGGGGAGAAGCCAUAUUCUUGUAAAAUGUGUGGGAAUUGUUACAUAGACAGGAAGGGCUUGUUGGCCCAUAUGAAGAUCCACACGGUUGAAAAGCCCUAUGUUUGCAAUGCUUGUGGGAAAAGAUUCAAGUAUUCCUCACAAGUGAAAACGCAUUUAAGACUUCACACAGGUGAGAUGCCGUAUUGUUGUGAAACAUGUGGAAAACGUUUCAUAUAUUGCGCAUCCUUUUUGGCUCACAUGAGGAUCCACAGAGGUGAGAGGCCAUAUGUUUGCAACACCUGUGGGAAAAGCUUCCUGUGGUACUCACGACUGAAAGUUCAUUUAGGAACCCACACAGGUGAGAAACUGCAUUCUUGUGAAACAUGUGGGAAAAGUUUUUUAUAUAACAGUUCCUUGGUGGCCCAUAUGAGGAUCCACACAGGUGAGAAGCCGUAUGUUUGCAACACAUGUGGGAAAAGCUUCCCCUGGUCCUCACAAUUGAAAGUUCACUUAGGAACCCACACAGGUGAGAAAAAAGAAGAUCUCAAACUGGCUGCCCUGCAUGUCAAUCAAGUAGCGAAUGCCAUAGAGACGAUGGAUGAUAGGCUAUAUCUGCAGGAGAAGGUUCUGGCUGACCAGCAGGUCUGGAACCAGGAGAGGAACUCCAGUCUGGACCAAGAGGACCCAGAGCCUCCACAGAUUACAGAAGAACAGGAGGAAUUCUGCAGCAGUCAGGAGGGAGAGCAGCUUGGACUGAAGCAGGGGACUGAUUCCUUUAUGUUGACUCCUACUUAUGAGGAAAGUGACCACAGUGAAGCAGAACCAACCAGUGACCAGCAGCUCCUCUCUCCCAGCUCUGCUGUAGUUGAGAGCCAGGAUCAGGAAGGAAGCCAGCAUGGAGACUCAGGAUCAGCUAGUAAUGCAGAGCCAAAGCCAAAGAGGAGACGUCGCAAAGGCACAAGACACAGUAACAAUGCAGACAACUCUCCUAUGUCAGAGACUGACUGUGACACUCACACAGGUAAAAAAUCUUCUAAGUGUGACACUUGUGGGAAAGCAUUUAAGUUUAAGUCCAUUUUGAAAGAGCAUCUGAGAAUCCACACAGGUGAGAGGCCUUUUUGUUGUGAAACCUGUGGAAAAAGCUUCUUACGACAUGAAACCUUGAAGCGCCACAUGAGAAUUCACACAGGUGAGAGGCCGUAUGCUUGCAGCAUUUGUCAGAAAGGAUUUCAUUUUAAGUCUAAUUUGAAAGAACAUCUGAGCACCCACACAGACCAGAGGCUAUUUGUUUGCAACAUCUGUGGGAAAGGAUUCAAUCAAAGAUCAGUGCUGAAGUGUCAUUUAAGAAUCCACACAGGGGAGAAGCCAUAUUGUUGUGAAACCUGUGGAAAAAGCUUUACACAACUUACACAGUUGUUGAAGCACAAGACAGUCCACCAAGAUGAGAAGCAGUAUUGUUGUGAAACUUGUGGAAUAAGCUUCAUACACUGUAUAUCCUUGUUGAACCACAUGAAAAUUCACUCAGAUGAGAAGCAGUAUUAUUGUGAAACCUGUGGGAAAGGUUUUAAGUCUAAUGUCGACUUCUCUGAACACAUGAGUGUCCACACCAGUCAGGAUCAGAAAGGAAGCCAGCAUGAAGAAUCAGGAUCAACCAGUCAAAGUAGCAAUGUGGACAACUCUCUCAUUUCAGAGGCCAACUCUGAUCCUCCCCCAGGUAAAAAGCCUGUAAAGUAGGAAACCUGUGGUAAAGCUUUUAAGGGUAUGUACAGAUUAAAUAGACAUCUGAGAAUCCACACAGGUGAGAAGCCAUAGUACUUUGGCACCUGUGGGAAAAAUUUCUGUAUGAAAUCAGAUAUGAAAAGACAGAAGAAGUAAUAUUUACAGUAGGCCUGUCCCCUAUUAGUAUAGUCGAGUCAUUAGUCAAGAGACCCGUCAGUUGGCUGAGACUCUUCUAGUCGAGUCUUUUUU